AUGGCCCCCAAGACCACCAAGAGGCGCAAAAUGCGACCUUACGAGAGAAAGGCACUGAUCAUCGAACAACUGGGCUUCGGUCGGCAGCAAGCGAUCAGAGACUGGCGCGCGAGCGAUCUAGUGAAGCCGCACUGGGAAAGAUUCAGCAAACACUUCCUGGAUUCGUUUCUCUCCAAAUCCGGCAAAAAGGAUACAAAGUUCGUUCACGUCUACACUCGGAUGAUCAACGGCGAGAAGCAUGGCGCGAGGACGUUCUCCGCCCGCAUCAACCGACAGUACACUACCGAUAUCGACUGGCAUGCAUGGCUUUUGUAUUGCCUUGUCGACCAAAACACGAAGGACAGAAAUGGUUGUUUCUACGCAAAGAGGCUUGAGGAAUUGGCAACAUACCGAUACAUGUGGGACUUCAUCGCUUUCGAGAAACGACAGCGCGCACGGGGCAAGGGCAAAGGCAAAGGCACUGCCAGUUCAUCAAAGACCGCACCAUCCUCGUCCAGACAACUAGACCUCCUCGAAGCUACCUCAUCUGAGGAUGCUUAUGAGCAUCGCCUCCAUCCCGACGAAGGUGUUGCCAGCAUCUUCUGGGUCAAAGGUAUGCCGGAAGCCUUAGAAGAUGAAGUAGCAUCCAUCAAAGCAACCGUCAAGGGCUUCUGUGGUUACACUGAAUCUGAGUUCGAAAGAGCGGUCAUGGACGCCUUUGAUCUACGUAGCCACCGGCAGAUUGUGGUGGAGUUGGAGGCCACAGGGGGUUUGACGUACAUCGGCGCUCAGUACUUCGCGCACAGAGAUGGGAAAAAGGUCAUUUUCAUGUUGACCACCAGGGAAGUAGCCAACGAAGAAGAGAUGAAGCCAGUACCGUUGCUUCUACAAAGGGUGCGAAUGAGUUAA